AUGGCCGCAAUUGCCGGGUGCGCGGUCCCUUGCGUCACCGGCCUGAACCUAACCCCCACCUCCCAGGCCUUUCCCAAAUCCUCCGUGCAGCAGCUGCGAAAUGUCACGGCGAACGCGUUACCAGCCGUUGCGAAGCUGACAGUCAACGAGGCACGAGCUCGCGUGCUCUUCUCGAGGCGUCUUUCCCGGUCCCUGCGUGUAUCCCCGUCUCUGUCAGGAGUGCCGACAGCAUCGCCACGUGGCAGCAGACGAGCUACCAGAGCGAUGUCAGGCACCUCGCCUGGCAACAACCAAUCGGAAGAUCGCGACGAAUCUUCUGCUUCCGACCUUAGCCGUGUCUGUGUGGUGGGCUGUGGAGGGCUGUGCAUCGACUAUCUCGCCACCGUCUCCGCAUUCCCCCACCCAGACGACAAGAUCCGAAGCACCUCUUUCGAGGUGCAAGGCGGAGGCAAUGUGGGCAACACACUCACGGCCAUCUCUCGCCUUGGGCUCUCCACACGCAUUUUCACCAAGCUGGCGGACGACCUGGUGGGCAAGGCAAUGAUUGCAGAAUUGCAGGCGGAUGGCGUGGACACGUCACACAUCAUUGUUGGCAAGGGGGGCAUGUCUCCAUCCACAUACAUCAUUGUGGACCAACAGACCAACACGCGCACGUGCAUCCACACGCCCGGCUCCCCGCCUCUGCUCCCCUCGGAGCUGUCAGCUGCUGCCUUAAUGUCUCUGCUCUCAGGGGCCUCUCUCGCCUACUUUGAUGGCCGCCUCGCCGACACCACCAUCCGCAUAUGCCAGCAGGCGGUGGCCCUCGGUCUGCCAGUGCUGGUGGACGCUGAGAAGCCCCGAGAGGGGCUGGACGACCUGCUGGCCCAUGCCACAUAUGUCGUCGUUCCCGAGAAGUUUCCCCAGGCAUGGACCGGGGAGGAGACGCUGGGAGCAGCGCUGCUGGCCAUGGCAGUGCGCCUGCCAAUGGCACGCUUCAUUAUAGUCACACUGGGGGCAGACGGAUGUGCCAUGCUGGACCGACGGGUGGCUGCAGCCUCAGAGGCACCCAGUGAGGAUGUGGACAAGGCACUGCAGUGGGUGAUAAGAGCCGCACAGGAGAAGGGCAGCAAGCAAGGCAACCCUGUGGUCUUCUCCUCUCGGCCCCUGCGUCUCAAGUCAAUGGCACAAGGGACAGAAGUUGCCGCCCAGCUGGUGGCAGCGACAGCUGUGCCGCUGGAGGCAGGGCAGGUGGUCGAUACCACCGGCGCUGGCGAUGCCUUCAUUGGUGCUGUUCUUUACGUCGCGUUCAUUUAG